AUUAGUAAUUAACUAAGGCGUUGAGAAGGUCCAAAUUAAAUUAAUGUUCCCGCGUGAUCGAAACGCUCACAUUCCUAUUAAUACUCUAUAUAUACACUGCCCAACUAAAUUCUCACUUAAUAUAAGAACAUUUUACACUUUGCCUCUCAAAAUCAUAAAGUAGACUCACGAACAACUAUAUCCAAUCUUCUAGAGAUGUUGAGUUCAUUGAGUUCUUUCAUCCAUAACCAUAAAAACAGCCGAUUUGAUCAUCAAGGAAACACUCUUUUGUGUUCAUCUAAAAAAAUGAAUAAAGUUGCUGAUAUCUACAAAUACGAGGGUUUGGAAACAAAGAAGCCAUCGCCGGUUAGCAAGGCCAACAACAACAACAAAAACAACAAUAAGAAAAGGGUACGUUUUAUAACACCAAAAGAAGAAGCUAUGUUGGUAAAUUCAUGUUUUGAUUGCGAUCAUAAGAAUUCGCUCGAGACGACCGCGACGACAACGAAGGACAGUUGCAACAAAAGCCCUAAUGAUUUUGGUGCAAUCGAAGAUGAGGAGAAGAAGCCGAGAAAAGGGAUGAUUGGUAAUAAUAAUAAGGUGAAGGUUUUGAUGACAAAAGAGGAAGCAACUCGAUUGCUUUCCAAAUGCAAAGAUGGUGGUCUUCUUGAAUUCAAAGACGUGGUCAAUGAGCUGGUUCACAUCCCUAUCAAUCGUCUUAGCUUGGUUUCUUCUUCUCCUUGUAACGAUAAAUUAACUGGUUUUUAAGGUAAAUAGUGGGUCGAGAGAUCAGAAGAUCGACAACUUCAGUCGGUGAGGUUGUAGUCUUUUUGUAUGUUAGAUAAGUCAUAUAGGUAGAGACUUACCUUAUUAGGAGUUUUUUUUGCACUAUUUCGUAUUUGGAAGGUGUGAUUUCUCCCGUUCGAAUCUUUUGUUCUUUUUUCUCCCCUCCGUCUUCCAUGUAAAUUAGUAGCUAUAUAUGUUUAGAAAUUAGAACAACAUAUGGUUUUUAUUUGUUAAAUCCGUUCGGAGAAUUAAUAUGUAAAUGAGGAACAUUAGUUUCGUGAUUGAAGUUAAUUUGAAGUUUGGUUUUGUACUUCUUCUUGUCCAUUAUGAAUGGAUUCCUGCUGCUAUCUUGACUUCACCUUCGAUUGCUGUUUUGACUUUUGAGUGCCCAGUUGCCCACCAUCGACUGUUAUGUAUGGAGAAAUUUGUACCAGAAGUUACUAGUGACUGCUAUUUUGCCACACAUGAAAUUUGUAUCACUAUAAAUCAUUCGGAACUAUUUAUUUUUUGAGCUGAUAAUCGCAAUAAAUUCACAAAAUUAUUACUUUUUUUCAUGGAAAACACAAACUGGUUAAGUAU